AUGGCUAGCCCUCCUGUGCUAGCUUUCGAUGCUGAGGGACGUCCAGUGAAGUUUGACACCUGGCUAGAUGACCUGCACCUCUUCCUACAGCUCACUGCCAAGGAGGACAUCUCACUGUACGAUCACGCCCUAGGCCAUGCUACUGCCCCUCCUACUACUGCUGACAGCACUGCCCGCUCACAGUGGCAGACUCGUGACGCCCACGCUCGCUUUGCUAUUCGCAACUCCCUGCCGAUAGAUGAACGCGAGCACUUUGGCCAGCACAAGACUGCGCAGGCACUGUACACUGCUGUCGUUGCCCGCUACUCCUCACCUGCCUCUGCCGCACUAGGCCGUCUCUCGCUUCCCUACCUGUUCCCCGACCUGUCCUCUUUCCACACAGUCGCUGACCUCAUCACGCACCUCCGCACUAGUGAGGCUCGCUUCCGCGCCGCUAUGCCUGAUGAGUUCCUUGCCAAGAACCCCCCCCCGCUCUGGCUCACUCUCUACCACCUAGUCACCCGCCUCCCUGACUCUCUGCGUGCAGUCAGGGAUUCCUUCCUAGCUCGCUGCCCUACUGAGCUCACCAUUGCCCUCCUCGAGAAGGAACUACUUGCAGCUGAGGCUAGCAUAGUCGCUGUAGGUGCCUCUCGUGGCGACCCCCGCACCCCGUUCUUUGAGGGGUGUUCUCCUUCCCCCCUUCUUCCCUCUGUCGCCUCUGCUGCUGCUGUCGACCUCCUUGGUGCUGAGAAGGUCGGGACUGCGUCUGCUUCGAGCGGACGCCGCAGCGGCAAGGGCAAAGGGGGCAAGGGAGGCGGAGGUGAUGGCGGGGGAGGCGGUGGUGGGGGCGGUGGCGGCGGUGGGGGUGGUGGCGGGGCUGGAGGGGCGAGUGGCAGCGGUGGGGGUAGUGGCAGCAGCGGCGGGGGAGGUGGCAGGGGCGGGGGCGGUGGUGGGGGUGGCGGUGGACGCGGCGGCGGCAGGGGUUGGGGUGGUCGAGGAGGUGGGGGCGGAGGUGGUGGUCGUGGAGGCGCUGGCGGUGGCCAGAGCCAGCAGCACACUCCGUCGCCCCAGGAGGUCCGUGAGUGGUACUCUCAGCGCGGGGGGGCGGGUGGCUUUAGCUGCACGUACGUCAUUCGCACUGGUGACCGCACUGGUCAGCCGUGUGGGGGACCGCACGCCACGCAGCGCUGCUUCGCUCGCCUCAACGACGCUUGGCGUGUUCAGUUCCCUCAGGCCACUGAGCUGCCCCGCUGGGUUGAUCUCCUGAAGAAGGGGAUUGAUAUCUAUGCUCUAGACUUUGAUGCUAUUCUCACUGCCAUGUAUGUGAUGUCUACUAGUGGAGAGGGUGCUGAGUACCUGUGUGUUCCGCCCGACCCGGGCAUUAGGACCAGUACGGCUGCCGCUCUAGUCGACUGA